CGCUGAAAAGGAAGGACCACAGUUUAGCAGCGACAUAAUCGAAACAGUACGCCUGGGUAACAAUACUAUUAACUAGAACAACAUCCACCUGGUUGCUUUGCUUUCGCACCUCGUGGCAGAGUGCAGAGUUUGCAACAUGGCUGACAAAGAGGUGUAUGAUGAUGCAGUGGAGGAAAGGGUCAUCAAUGAAGAAUACAAGAUUUGGAAGAAAAACACACCUUUUCUGUACGACCUGGUGAUGACUCAUGCGCUGGAGUGGCCCAGCCUUACUGUCCAGUGGCUUCCGGAUGUCAACAGGCCGGAGGGGAAGGACUACGCUGUCCACAGGCUGGUUUUGGGGACCCAUACAUCAGAUGAGCAGAACCAUCUUGUGAUUGCAAGUGUCCAGGUACCAAAUGAUGAUGCCCAGUUUGAUGCCUCCCACUACGACAGUGAGAAAGGAGAGUUUGGUGGAUUUGGUUCAGUCAGUGGGAAGAUAGAGAUUGAGAUCAAGAUCAACCAUGAGGGAGAGGUGAACCGAGCACGCUACAUGCCCCAGAAUCCCUGCAUCAUUGCUACCAAGACUCCCACCUCUGACGUGCUGGUCUUCGACUAUACUAAACACCCAUCAAAGCCAGAUCCUAGUGGGGAGUGUAGUCCUGACUUGAGGCUGAAAGGCCACCAGAAAGAAGGAUAUGGCCUUUCCUGGAACCUAAACCGCAGCGGCAACCUACUUAGUGCGUCUGAUGACCAUACCAUCUGUCUAUGGGACAUUGGGGCCGGCCCAAAAGAAGGGAAGAUAGUGGAUGCCAAGACCAUUUUCACUGGCCACACAGCAGUGGUGGAAGAUGUUUCCUGGCAUUUGCUCCAUGAAUCCCUGUUUGGCUCAGUUGCUGACGAUCAGAAACUAAUGAUAUGGGACACUCGAUCUAACAACACAUCGAAAGCCAGCCACUCAGUAGAUGCUCACACUGCUGAGGUUAAUUGUCUGAGCUUCAACCCCUACAGCGAGUUUAUUCUUGCCACUGGUUCUGCUGAUAAGACCGUUGCAUUGUGGGAUUUAAGGAACCUUAAACUAAAGCUCCACUCCUUUGAGUCCCAUAAAGAUGAAAUUUUCCAGGUACAAUGGUCUCCUCACAAUGAGACAAUCCUGGCCUCCAGUGGCACUGACCGACGUCUCAAUGUGUGGGAUCUCAGUAAAAUCGGGGAGGAGCAGUCUGCAGAAGAUGCUGAGGAUGGUCCACCAGAGCUCCUGUUCAUCCAUGGUGGCCACACAGCCAAGAUCUCCGACUUCUCCUGGAACCCCAAUGAACCAUGGAUCAUCUGCUCAGUAUCUGAGGACAAUAUCAUGCAAGUCUGGCAGAUGGCGGAGAAUAUCUACAAUGAUGAGGAGCCAGAUAACACCCCUGCAUCAGAGCUGGAGGCUCAGGGAUCAUAACCCCGCUCUGUAUGAGUCUGUCCAGGCACAACCCCUUCUCCAUUCCCUGAGCUCCAGACCCAGCCCAGCCUGUCCUUUCCUCUCUGGCUUAUCUGAAGUGCAAAAUUAUGGGUGGAGUUUCAGUCAGCUGAGACUCCAGUCUUGCUAACAGACAGUUGGAUUCAGUCUCAUUGUGCUUACACAUCACUGUGUCCCAGGUAUCCAAAAUCCCUGAAGCACUUGAAAUAGUUUAAGUUCUAAAAUGCUCCCAUGGUCAGGUGGUCCAAUAUCCAGCGUUGGUGAAAUGGCAUUUUAUGAUGAAGGGCUUUUCAGAGCAGAAAGCCUUUGUGUAUACAAUCACUGUAAACUCUAAUGACCAGUUAAUUUCAAAAGGCUAAGGAAAACAUGAAAGUCAUUAUACAGUUCAUGAGUAGGCAGAAGACCUCAGAUAGUAGGCUUUCCCUGAAACCUGAGCAACAGAAGAUUGCAGGAGCACAAAAAGUAUUUUUGGAAACCUGAUCAUAGUUUAAUGCGAGCCAUGCUGGUCGUGCCCAGGGAAGCUGCGUUUCAUACUUUGUUUCCACCUGUUAAGCAUUGUUCUGUUAUGUUUGUUCGAUAAUAUUGCAUUUGACUGGCAUGUUACUGCUGUCCUUUGAGCAAACAUUCACUGUGUUUGUCAUCCAUACAGAAGGUACAUCGACACUUCAGGAUUUGGCUUGUGUGAACAUUGUGGGACUAAAUGAGUACACUUGAAGGAAACAGAUUUCUUUUUCUCUUCCUGUUACAUGUUGGAAAAUCACUGUUCUGUUUCCUGCACUACAAAUUGUAACAAGGCUUUUGUAUUUUUUUAAAAAAUAAGCUUGUCAUUGUCAAAGUCAGUUUCUUCAAAUAAUUUCAAGCUUUCCUCCAACCAAGGACUGAUUGAACAAUCUUUGUAGGAAACAUAAAAGCUGCACACAUGGAGGACACCCCCCACCCACUUCACUCUGACACUUCAGAGCAAAUGACAUGAAACCCAGGAAUCACUGAAAAAAAAAAACAUAAUUGCAAAUUCUACAAAAUGUUUAUUUAAAGGCAAGACAGGACUAUAAGAGCAUUGUACAAUCAAGGGGCGGGGGGUGGGCUAAUCUUUUUUUUUAGUAAAAAAUAAAGCUCUUCAAAGCUAUGGUGACUCAGGCCUUUUCUUUCAGUCUUACCUACAGAGGUAGAUUCUGACAUUACCUGAGAGUCAGUCUGGGGCAACGGCAAACAAAGAAAGUAGAUGCAGCAAAGUCCUCCCUCAGCUACAACCAUCCACCACCUGUACAUGUUCACAUCUGUUUAGUUUAAAUAAACACAAUUGCUUGAAGUGGAGCAGUUUAGAAAGGCCAGGAGAGGUUACAGAGAAAAAAAAUAACACAUCACAUCUCACCUACCUAGUCACAUGUACUCGCUCUGUUGUCCAACAGGCAACUGUUCAUGUACACACUUACUAGUCAGUUGUGAUUCUCACUGACUUUACAGUAUGCUGAGAUUUGUUUAGUUACCACUACACUUAGAUUAAAGUAUCUCAAAGGUGAGAAAAAUUUGUGAAAUAGAUGUUGAGAAACCAAAAGAUGCUGAUCUUGGAUCAGUCUGAUACCCACAGAUUUGUAUUUGUUUUUUUCAAAAGGGCUUUUAAAUAAGGAUGCCGCUGUUACAGGGGGUUACAGAACCUCCUUUAUGAACUAAGUGCUAAACUUAACAUUGGCCAUGUUGCAUAAUAGUAGUUGAGCUAUGAGCUGUUGGAGCCAGCAGGGUUAAAAAAUUUGACAAAUGUGCCCUAAACAAAAACUGCCAACUGAGAAAAGGUGCGAAAGAAGCAAGUGUGUUAACUGACUUUGAUUUAAAGGAAUUCUUUUUUUUUUUUUUUUUU